AAGGACUGUUUCAGGUUUCCAGAAUCAAGGCUACUGCCUCACCCUCUUUGUAAUUCCCAGAACUAAAUGUUUUUAACAUUUAAGGGGACAUUAUAUGUAACACAAACGCACGAGAUUAAUAAAAGCAUACACUACCCAGUUUAACGCCCCUGGACGUAGAUUAAGAUUUAUUUUGAAGGUCUUGACCGGAAACUGUUCGCUACGCGGUGGCCAUCGUGACUCCUCGUCCCAAUGCUAAACACUCCUACUUUUCACUGCUGAACCACUUCAUUGGACCCCGCCGAUAGGGACAGCGUGUGGACAUGUUCCUGAAUGUUUGACCCGUGAGGUGUCGGUGGGGACGUAUGGAGAAGUUGGACAUGUCCCUGGAUAUUUGACACGUGAGGUGUUGCUGGGGACGUAUGGAGAAAGUCGGGGCUGACAACUGGCGGAGACGCACGAGGAGCGCUCGAGCCAACCGCAAACAACAAACCGGCGACAAGGCCGACGAGUCCGACGUGCUCCGCAGCCUGAGCGCUGGCAACACGGAAGACGGCCAUGACAUGGAGGAGGACAUUGGCCAUUUCCAGCAGGACAAACUGGAGCGCAGGGUCACGGCGCCCCGCUACAGCCUGCUGCGGGAGGUAGGAAGGGGGACGUACGGCGUGGUGUACGAGGCGCUGGCGCGGCGGUCCGGGGCGAAAGUUGCCGUGAAGAAACUGCGAUGCGACGCGCCGGAGAACGUGGAGCUUGCCUUGCGGGAGUUUUGGGCGCUGGCGAGCCUGGAGAAACGGCACCAGAACGUGGUGCAGCUGGAGGAGUGCGUGCUGCAGAGGAACGGCAUGGCGCAGAAAAUGAGUCACGGCAACAAGCGGUCCAAACAGUACCUGCGCCUGGUGGAGACUUCGCUAAAAGGUGAGCGAGUCCUUGGUCCCCCAGAGGAGCCAUGUUACCUCUGGUUCAUCAUGGAGUUCUGUGAGGGUGGCGACCUCAACAAGUUCAUCCUGUCUCGACGCCCCGACCAGAAAACCAACAACAGCUUUAUGCUCCAAAUGACCAGCGCUGUGGCUUUUCUGCACAAAAACAACAUUGUCCACAGAGACCUGAAACCCGACAACAUCCUCAUCUCUGAGAAGUCGGGCACGCCGGUUCUCAAGGUGGCCGACUUCGGCCUGAGUAAAGUCUGCGCUGGGUUAGGAAACCCCAAAGAAGGCGACGACAAGCGCAAGAAUGUUAACGUGAACAAGUUUUGGUUGUCCUCGGCGUGCGGCUCAGACUUCUACAUGGCUCCUGAGGUGUGGGAGGGCCACUACACGGCCAAGGCCGACAUAUUUGCCCUAGGCAUCAUCAUUUGGGCCAUGUUGGAGAGAAUCACUUUCAUUGAUGCGGAGUCUAAGCGGGAGCUGUUGGGUUCCUACGUGAGGCAAGGCGUGGACAUAGUGCCGGUGGGCGAGGCGCUGCUAGACAAUCCAAAGAUGGUGCUGAACAUCCCACUAAGGCACAGGUCCGGCAUGUCGGAAGGAGUGAAGAAGCUGCUGCAGGACAUGCUUGCUGUCAACCCUCAAGACCGGCCCGACGCCUUUGAGCUGCAGGUCAGGGUGGACCAGGUCAUGUGAGCUACAUGAGCCUCUGCCAGGAGGCUUCACAGACUGCUGUUUCUACCGGGAUCUGCUACACGAAUGAAGCUUGCACUGCUUUGAUCCCUGGGCCUGGAGAAGCAAAGAAAAUGUACCGAUCCUGAUGUUUGGAUGCCGAAAUGUGAUUUCUUUCCAGACCGUUUACGAUGAAGUCUUCUGCCCAGCGUGACAGACAGCAGUCACAUUGCCCUGAAUAUCCCAAUACAGAGAGAAACCUCUGGUCUGCCGCUUAGCGUGGUACCAACACUGUGACAUUUCAGUUGUAUUUCCCAUGCUGACCUGUCCUCUGGUGGCCCAUUUCCUGUCACGUCGUAAACAACAUUGCCAUGUGUUGCCCCAGGGAGAGACCCUUUAACCGCUGUGUCUGCACUACUGUUAGUGGUUUACCUUGAACUACACUACAUGGGAGUCAUGUUUUUUUUUAGGUGGCAAUAUGUGUAAAUCUUCUGUCAUGAUGUGAUUUUUAUAUUUCAAUGUUGAGCUAAAUAUUAAAUAAUUAAUCAUUUGUUUUCAUUGAGACUAGGCAAUCGAGUUAAUUUCAGACCCAAGACGUUUGUCAAAGUGCUUUUAGCGUGGAGAUCCUGUCUAAUCGGUUCACUCGGAUUCAAAAGAGCUUUACAUUACUUUAAAUAGGCAAAUUACAACAUUAUUUUCUGGCCAUAGAAAUGUGCUACAACAAAAAUAUUUAGAUGAAGCAUCGAUAUGUUUAGUUCCACGAUAUUUUCAUGCAAUAG